CGUGGCACCACAUUAAAGUGAGUUCGUCUUCCGGACAGUGUGUUUACACCGGAAGUGAUGGACAGGGUAGAGCGAGAGCGUGUGUGGAGUGUGUGACUGGAGGUCAGACAGAGACUGUGAUAUUUCAACUGCUGACGCAAUUUAACUGCAUCGUCAUCAUCGGAUUUAUUACAUGUCAUCGGAAGCAGCAGGCAGCACCAAAGCUAAUAAGAUCUCCAAACACCCGGGGAUAUACAGUAGAGACAAAGUGAGAGAAACACAACUGCAGAUCCGGUGCUAAAACUAUAAUAUGAACACAGACGAGUUUCAACGAUUAGGUUUUGUCCCUCAGAAAGAGAUCGUUUACAACAAACUCUUACCUUAUUCAGACAAAUUAGACGAGGAAUCCAAUGAAAUUUUGGCCAAAAUCAAAGCUAACCUGGGCCGGGCUGUCCAGCUCAGGGAGUUAUGGCCGGGAGUAUUGUUCUGGACCAGGAAACUUUCGACGUACAUUCGACUAUAUGGAAGAAAGUUCAGCAAAGAGGAUCAUGUACUGUUCAUUAAGUUGCUGUAUGAGCUAGUGACCAUUCCUAAACUGGAGAUUAGUAUGAUGCAAGGAUUUGCACGUCUGUUGGUCAAUUUGCUGAAGAAAAAAGAACUCCUUUCAAGAGAAGAUUUGGAAUUGCCAUGGUGGCCCCUGUAUGAAUUGCUGGAUAGAAUCCUCUACUCUAAGACGGAACACCUUGGGCUCAAUUGGUUUCCUAAUUCCAUCGGGCCAGAUUCAUCUUCCUCUAAAACCUUUAUGCUAAAUAUUUUGCAUAGGUGCUCUGUUGAAAACAUUUUGAAAACCCUUGUCAAAAGCUGCAGACCGUAUUUCCCAGAAGAUGCUACAAAGGAGAUGCUGCAGGAGUGGCGGCCUUUGCUGUGUCCUUUUGAUGUCACCAUGCAGAAAGCCAUCAGCUAUUUUGAACUGUUCCUGCCCACCACCUUGCCACCCGCGCUUCACCAGAAAGGAUUCAAGCUGUGGUUUGAUGAGCUAAUGGGACUUUGGGUCUCUGUUCAAAACCUUCCUGGGUGGGAGGGGCAUCUUGUAAACCUUUUUGCACGUUUGGCCACUGAUAACAUUGGGUACGUAGAUUGGGAUCCCUAUGUUGAUAAGAUAUUUACCCGGAUUCUCAGAAGCUUGAACCUUCCUGUAGGAAGCAGCCAAGUUUUAGUUCCAAGAUACUUGACCAAUGCCUAUGAUAUAGGCCACAUAGUGCUAUGGGUCUCAUCAAUGCUGGGUGGACCAAGCAAGCAAACCCAAAAACAGCUAAGUGGCUUGUUCAACAGCAUUACGUCUUUCUUUCAUCCUUCUAACAAUGGCAGGUGGCUGAUGAAGCUGAUGAAGCUUGUGCAGCGCUUGCCAGCCAGUGUGGUAAGAAGACUACACCGAGAGCGGUACAAGAAGCAGACGUGGCUAACGCCAGUCCCUGACAGCCACAAGCUCACUGACCAGGACAUUACAGACUUUGUGGAGAGCAUGAAGCAGCCUGUGCUGCUGGCGAUGUUCAGUAAAACGGGCAGCUUGGAUGCAGCCCAGGCUUUGCAGAACCUGGCACUGAUGAGACCUGAGCUUGUCAUCCCACCCUUACUAGAAAAAACCUAUCCUGCAAUGGAAACUCUGACAGAACCUCACCAGCUCACAGCCACCCUCAGCUGUGUGAUUGGAGUGGCUCGCAGCCUGGUUUCUGGAGGCAAGAGGUUUCCUGAAGGCCCAAAGCACAUGCUGCCAUUGCUGAUGAGAGCACUGCCUGGUGUGGAUCCAAAUGACUUCAGCAAGUGCAUGAUAACAUUCCAGUUCAUUGCAACAUUUUCUACUCUUGUGCCUUUGGUAGACUGUUCAUCAGCUGUUCAUGAAAGAGAUGACCUCACAGAAGUAGAGCGGGAGCUGUGCUCAGUCAGUGCGGAGUUUGAAGACUUUGUCCUACAGUUUAUGGACAGGUGUUUUGCCCUUAUUGAAAGCAGUACACUUGAACAGACGAGAGAGGAGACAGAAACUGAAAAGAUGACUCACCUAGAGAGCCUAGUGGAGCUCGGACUGUCUUCCACCUUCAGCACCAUCCUUACGCAGUGCUCCAAAGACAUCUUCAAGGUGGCCCUAGAAAAGGUCUUUAACUUUGCCACUACAAACAUCUUUGAGACUCGAGUUGCUGGAAAAAUGGUGGCUGACAUGUGCAGAGCCGCGUGUAAGUGUCAUCCAGCAGAGUCUUUGAAGCUUUUUGUGCCACACUGCUGCAAUGCAAUAACUCAGCUCACAGUCAACGAGGAUGUUUUGCGUGAAGAGGAGCUGGACAAGGCGCUGCUGUGGAACCUUCAGCUUCUGUCUGAGAUCACCCGUGUUGAUGGUGACAAGUUGUUGCCAUACAGGGAGCAGUGUGUAAAGAUUCUCCUGCGGACACUCCACUUGAAGUUUAAACAAGGCUACAUGCUUUCCUGUAACCUGCUGCACCAUCUGCUUCGAUCUGCCUCUCUCAUCUACCCCACAGAGUACUGCAGCAUCCCUGGAGGCUUCAACAAGCCUCUCUCGGAGUACUUUCCCAUCAAGGACUGGGGUAAACCAGGUGAUCUAUGGAACUUAAACAUCCACUGGCACGUUCCAACAUCGGAGGAGAAGGCCUUUGUAUUUUAUAUACUAGACACCAUCCUCCAACCAGAGCUUGUCAAACUGCAGCGCCAUGCAAAUGGAGAACUGGAAAUGCCAAGGGAUGACAUACUGCAGAGCCUCACAAUUGUGCAGCACUGUCUGAUGGGCUCUGGGAGCAUCCUGCCUUUUUUGGAUGGAGAAAGAAUAACUGACCUUGUACCAAGCUUGGUGAGUUUGGGGGAGACAGCACUCUAUACUGGUGUUGACUAUGACAUGUCACGGGAGAACUACAGAGACGCUAUUUGCAGUGUUAUGAGGAAACUCUUGCAUCACAUUCUGAAAAAUUCGGAGGAUGACACAAAGUCAUUGUUUUUGAUCAUUAAGAUUAUUGGUGACUUGUUACAGUUCAGAGGAUCUUACAAGCAUGAGUUUGACUCCCGGUGGAAAAGCUUCAACCUUGUCAAGAAAUCCAUGGAGAACCGGCUGCAUGGCAGGAAGCAACACAUCCGAGCAUUACUCAUUGACAGAGUUAUGCUACAGCAAGAGUUGAGAAAACUGACUGUUGAAGGGUGUGAAUACAAGACUAUUCAUAGAGACCUUUUAAGGGACCUCCUACGUUUGUCAACCAGUACAUACAGUCAGGUUAGGAGCAAGGCCCAGCAAGUUUUCUUCAUAACUCUCGGAGGUUACAACUUCUGCUGCAGGGACCUGAUUCCAUUGGUGCUGGAGUACCUGAAACCAGACAGGCAGGACAUCUCCCAGCAACAGUUUAAAGGUGCCUUGUACUGUCUCCUGGGGAAUCACAAUGGAGUUUGCCUGGCAAAUCUCCAUGACUGGGACUGCAUUGUACAGACCUGGCCGGCUAUCAUCUCGUCUGGCCUCAGCAAGGCCAUGUCUUUGGAGAAGCCCUCCAUCGUCCGUCUGUUUGACGAUCUUGCAGACAAGAUCCACCGACAGUACGAAACCAUUGGACUGGACUUCAGUGUACCUGAUAGUAGUUUGGAGAUAGCUCUGCAGAUUAUGAAGUCAAAAAAUCCAACUACAAAUCUCCCACUGCCCACAUCAGAGGAGAUUGAGAAAGGUGUUCAGCUCCAGCAGGCAAAAAACAUUGACUCUGUGCAAAAGUAUGAAAGAUUGGUCAAUAACUUGUUGGACUCCCUCAGUAAGAGAAAUCUUCCCUGGAAGUUUGAGCAUAUUGCCAUUGGCUUUCUUUCCCUGCUGUUGAGGGAUGAUAAGCCCACCCCUGUCCCAGCAAUCCGGUUCUUUGUCAAGAGUCUGAACCACGAUGCACUCAUCGUUCGAAAGAUGGCAAUCUCAGCGGUUGCUGGUAUUCUGAAGCAGUUGAAGAGACCUCACAAAAAAGUGGAAGAGAAUCCUUAUAAAAUUAGUGGAUGCAGUGAACAUUCUGAAAUCUUGUUUGGAGACAGGCCCGAUAAUCAAUGGAUGCUUUAUGACAGUGGCAGUUUGCCAAGAACAAAAGAAGCCUGGGAGGCGUGUACCUUUGUGGAGAAAACACACUGGGGAUAUUACAGCUGGCCUCAAAAAUUAACUCUUUAUGCCCCUGUGGAGGAACAACCAAAACUUGGUCUAAAGAGGGAAGAUAUGACAGAGAUGGAGCAGAUCAUCUUCGAUCACUUUUCUGAUCCCAAAUUUAUAGAGCAGUUGAUAAAGUUCCUUUCACUGGAAGACAGAAAAGGAAAGGAUAAAUUCAGUCCCCGGAGGUUCUGCCUCUUUAAGGGUUUGUUCAGAAACUUUGACGAUGCCUUUUUGCCUGUGCUGAGGCCACACUUGGAGCGUUUAGUUGCAGAUUCCCAUGAGAGCACCCAGCGCUGUGUGGCUGAAAUCGUCGCCGGGCUGAUCAGAGGCAGCAAACACUGGACUUUUGAAAAGGUGGAAAAGCUGUGGGAGUUUCUGUGUCCAUUGAUUCGAACUGCUUUGACGAACAUCACAGUGGAGACUUACAGUGACUGGGGAACGUGCAUUGCCACAGCCUGUGAGAGCAGAGACCCUCGGAAACUGCACUGGCUGUUUGAGAUGCUCAUGGAGUCCCCAGUAAACGGCGAAGGGGGUUCUUUUGUAGACGCCUGCCGGCUGUAUGUUCUACAAGGAGGUCUUGCCCAGCAGGAAUGGAGAGUCCCUGAGCUUCUUCAUAGACUGCUUCAGUACCUGGAACCCAAGCUCACACAGGUCUAUAAAAAUGUGCGGGAGAGGAUAGGAAGUGUUCUAACCUACAUCCUCAUGAUCGAUGUGAGUCUACCCAACACACGGCGGACCUCCUCCCCGCGGAUCUCCGACUUCACAGCCCGCAUCCUGGUCAGGCUGAAGCCCCUGAUGGAUGUGGAUGAGGAGAUCCAGAACCACAUUGUGGAGGAGAACGGAUACGGGGAGCAAGACGAAAGGACCCAGGCCAUUAAACUGCUGAAGACUGUUUUAAAGUGGCUGAUGGCAAGCGCAGGAAGGUCCUUCUCCACGGCUGUUCCAGAGCAGCUCCAGCUUCUCCCUCUGCUUUUUAAGAUUGCACCGGUAGAGAAUGAUGAUAGUUAUGAUGAGAUGAAGAGAGAUGCAAAGACUUGCUUGUCCCUUAUGUCUCAGGGACUGCUGUAUCCACAGCAAAUAAUGUUGGUGCUACCAGUUCUUAAAGAGACAGCAGGGAGCGCUUCUUGGCAUGCCAGAUACACGGUGCUGACCUACCUCCAAACAAUGGUGUUUUACAACCUCUUUACCUUUUUGAACAACAAAGAGGCCGUGCAUGAUGUGCGAUGGCUGGUGCUCAAACUCCUGCAAGAUGAACAACUUGAGGUGAGGGAGAUGGCUGCCACCACCCUCAGCGGCCUCCUGCAGUGUAACUUCUUGACUAUGGACGCUCCCAUGCAGACUCACUUUGAAAACCUCUGCAAGACCCGGCUUCCCAAGAAGAGGAAAAGGGACCCAGGCUCAGUGGUGGAUACCAUUCCUCCAGCAGACUUGGUUAAGCGUCAUGCAGGUGUGCUUGGGCUAAGUGCCUGUAUCUUAUCCAACCCCUAUGAUGUGCCCACCUGGAUGCCCCAGCUUUUGAUGGACCUGAGUGCACACUUGAAUGACACCCAACCCAUUGAGAUGACUGUGAAGAAAACUCUCUCUAAUUUUCGAAGGACACACCUUGACAACUGGCAAGAACACAAGCAGCAGUUCACAGACGACCAGUUGCUGGUUCUCACAGACCUGCUGGUGUCACCAUGCUAUUAUGCAUAACAAUCUGUGCGUGGGAAUGUAGAGCUUUUGUCAGUUGGUUCUUUUUAUCCCUGAGUUUAUUUAUUUAUUUAUUUAUUUAUUUAUUUAUUUAUUAAUUAAUUUUUUUGUUACUUGCAAUACAAAUCUCUUUUAUACCAAUAAAACAUUACAUUUAGCUUCAGAAACAAGACUGAACACUCGCCCCUAAUGUAAUUAUUGGAAUACAAGAAUAAUAGUCAAUUUAAUCCUUUUUUUAGAAGCUGUGUGGGCAGAGGAUGAAGAUUUUUACCUGGAGAAGUGUUUUUUUUUUAUAAACGGAUUUAUGCACUGGGGUUUAAUUGCAUUUAUUUCCGCAAUGAAAAGAAAUGUUUUUAAUGGAAAUAAUUGUUCUUUCUUGAUGCAGAGCUGUAGUCCACAAUGACAUGCAAACAAAUUAAGUUCUUGGAAUGAGAAAUGUGUAUUUAUGUAUUUAGUACUCAUGUAAGUUUCUAAUGUACUUAAUAUUUAAGGCUGACAUAAGCAGGGAUGAUAGCCUGCCAGGUUUGUAAUAUUCUUGUACAGUUUUUGCUUGCAACAGUUUUCUCACUGCUCUGUGAUGGCACCAACUGUUUCUUUGACAUAUUACUUGUGUUAUGUAUAGGUGAAAAAUACAUUGUAUAAACUGUAGAAACAUAGCACUAGACAAUUAUAUUGUAAAAAAGAAAAAAAAAAAAAGACAUGCAUUUGUAAAGAUUCAAAUUAGGUAGUGGUGUACACUAUAUAGUGGUUAUGUCAGAUUCACCGUUCAUAUGCCAUAACACGUUUUUAGUGUGGUGUUUUUCUUUUUAUUUAUUUAUUAUUUCAAAGGAGCUUUUUACACCCAACAAGUAUGGUUAAGUUUAAAUAUACAUUUGGUUUAUUGUUAGGUUUUCAGUGACUGCUUUGUGUGGUGUGCGCGAGUCUGACAUGGUAAUGAUAGGUGGCUUUUUAAGUUGUUUUCGCCUCCUCCUUCAUUUAAAUAGUUAUGGCAUAUGACUUGUGUAGUGCUAAAUCCCUUCUGUCCACCCCUUAAAUUAAAACUUUAUUUUUUCUUUUUUUUUUUUAAGACCUUGAGUUGCAGUUUAGUACUUCACUGAAAGUCAAAUACUUCACCACUAUAUAGUGUAGUGCCAAAACUGAGGUGAUUUUAGAUGUACUGUUUGCUUAUUUUAAAAAUAAAAGCCAAUAAAUGGAUCAUUUAUAACAAACAAA